CUGAAAAGUGCGUGGGUUGUACCACUUACCGCUCCCCCCGAAAAACAACAGUGCUCAAUUAAUAAACAAAUCGGCGGCGCAACAAGAUAUUUCCACACGUAAUCUGGGAGCAGGAAAGUCGUCACCUUAUAAGGAGUCACAGCCAGCCUGGCUGGGAGCAGCUGCCUCACGAUUGAUCGUCCGCAACACCGGAAUACUGAAUCGCCGUCCAGCGCCUGCCAGCUAGCCAAGAGCAAGGGGAAGAUGGCCAGCACCGGCGAGAUCUGGCUGCAGUGGUUCUCGUGCUGCUUCCAGCAGCAGCGAUCGCCCUCCCGCCGCCCACACCAACGCCUGCGCAUCGACCGGUCCAUGAUCGGCAAUCCCACCAACUUCGUCCACACGGGCCACAUCGGAUCCGCGGACGUGGAGCUGUCGGCCAACCGCCUCAACGCGAUCUCAACCCAGAUGCAGAGCAAGGGCGGCUACGAGACCAACUCAAUACACUCGCUGCAUGCUUGCUGAUGGAAGCCCCCAUCACCUGGCAACACCAUCACCAUCUCCGCUAUGAAGUGCAUCUCGUGCAAUUUUCUACAGAGGAGGAGGACUGGGCCAGGGACAGGAGAGGAGCAGCAGACAUACCUUUUACGAUUCGUGGCAAAAAUGGGAGGGAGUGGAGGCCUAAACGGCGCCCAGAUCUGGAAGUCAUAAGGAGGUGCUUAGAUUAGGUUCCACAUAAGAACAAAAAAAAUAGAAACCAGACUGCGAGACAACGGAAUGCAUUUCGGCUUUUAUACGCGGACCCACUCGAUUUUGGGUGAUUUGCUUUUUGUGAGUAUUAGCUAAAUGAAAAAUUGCAAAGAGUGCCAAGCGACCAAAAUCAAGCGACCAUUAAGCCUGAAACGAUUUACACACAGAGUUUCAGGAUUAGGUAUCAUUUCGAAAUGUACUUAAUGACAAAACAAAAGGAAUCCAGGGGGAACUCCAGUUGAUUUCCUAUACAUAAUGAUUACCAUUUCCAAAGCCCAUUUUUAAAAUCGUCUAUUAAGCUCCUACGAAAACUGCCUUAUAAUCACCAACAGCAAUAAAUAGUCUGACCCAUGGUUUUUGGCUGAAACGGUGCAACUAGCAAAACUUAAUUUACAAAAGCUGAUGUAGCACUUACACAGCGUAUAUACACAGCGAUAAUAGGGCAAAGUGUCGCACAAUCAUUUUCAAUACACAAAGUAAUCAGUU